GCUGAAAUUCUCCCCUUUUGAGCUGAGCGCCUGGAGGAUGUAAACAAGACAUGUCAGAGCAGCAGCUGGAGUGACACUUCCCACGUUCCCUCCACACUCAGCAAUCGGCACCCAGGAGACAGAGCAGGAUGGACGAACAGCAGCUACCCAUCGACAUCCACCUGCCGCGGCUGGUGGAGUGGCUGGUGUCGCGCCGUCACGUGCCGCGGGAGUGGCCGGCGGAGGUGGAAGUGGUGCGUAAGAAGAUUAAUGCAGCCAUCCAGGACAUGCCAGAGCACCCAGAGGUCACCCGCCUCCUCUCUGGCACCUAUAUCAACUACUUCCACUGUCUCAAGAUUGUGGACAUCCUGAAGGAGACAGAGAAGGACAGCAAGAACAUCCUGGGCUGGUAUGGCUCCCAGAGGAUGAAGGACUGGCAGGAGGUGGUACGUCUGUAUGAGCACAACAAUGUGUACCUGGCAGAGGCAGCACAGCUGCUGGCCCGCUGUGUCAACUAUGAGGUGGCUGGGGUGAGGCGUCUCAUUGCCAAGGGGAUCCAGGUGCAGCAGGAGUGCGACAACAAGAACAAGGAGUAUGAGAAGGGUAUUGCUGAGGCUCGCAAGAAGUACCUCAAAGUGUGCAAGCAAAUUGGCAUCGCUGGGGAUAAUGUGAAACAGGAGCUGCUGGAGUCGCUGAGGACCCUCCCACAGGAGUUCACCACUGUGGCUGAGGAAUGCCGGGGUCUGGGUGCCGCCUGUGAACUGUACCAGGACUUCAUCAACUUCACACUGCCUGGCCCACACCAGCCCAAGUGCCUGCCGCUGCUUAGGUUUAUCAGGGAGCAUGGCAACACCACGACCUACGAGUGGCUGUAUGGAGAGGCGCCCUGCAGUGUAGAGGAGCCGCCCCUGGUGAUGGAAGCGCUGGAAGACAACAAGGAGAAGGACGGCGAUGAUGGCGGGAUUGACUUUGGCGAUGGUGGUGAUGGGAUCGACUUUGGUGAUGCAGCAGCAGCGGGGGUGGAAGUGGACACCUCAGGGGGCAUCGACUGGGGUGCCCUGGGGGAGGGGGAGGCACAAGAGAUUGACUGGGGGGUGGGGGAGGUGGAUGACUCAGCUGUCCUGGAGAUAGAGGUGCAGGAUUCCGGUGUAUCGGGUGGCGUGGCACGAGGGGACGAUGCACGCACACUCCUCCUCAACCCCAAGACUCGUACACAGUUCAUUGAUGAGCUACAUGAGCUUGCUGGGUUCCUGGGCCAGCGAGCGACAGAAUUAGAGACCGAAGGCACUGUGUUCUGCCUGAGCCAAUUCUCCAGCGCCCCAGCCUCUGUCCAGAGCCACACAGCCGACAGUGUGCGGGCCAUGGAGGUGCAGGUGAAGGCUGUGCUGGCCCGCCUCUCCACCGCUCGUAUGCAGCAUCUCCUCCUUAUCAGCUGCUCCCCAAGGUACGUGGACCGGCUGGCUGAGUCUCUGCAGGCCAAGCUGGCAGUGGGGGACAAGCUGGCAGGACUGCAGAAGAGUGCCAGGCAGAAGAAGGCUGACACCAUGGAGGAGCAGAAACGCUUGGCUCCACAGCUGUCCCUCAUGGCUGAAAGGGCAAGGGAGCUGCAGAAGCACAUCGAGGGGGACAUCUCAGCGCGCUACAAGAACCGGCCUGUCAAUAUUAUGGGGGUGAACCUCUCAACGCAUGUGGCUUGAGAGUGAGUGAGUGUGCUGGAGAAUAUGUGCUGCUCCUGGUGUGCUGGUGUGCUGGUUGCUGUCCUCUUCCCCACUCUUCCUCUUCCUCCCAUGAUUUCCCUACCAUGUUGACUCAUCAUUACCAUCAUCAAUAUCUUCGUCAGUAUCAACCAUUCCGACUCCACUGCUGGGCUCCCACAAUCUUCUCUCAUGUCUCUCAACUGCCUGUCUGCUCCAUCUCACCACACCAACACUCGUUAGGACUAGUGCACCUCAGCCUAACAGCAUCCAUUAGUCUGUUGGGAAAAGUGUUGGACUGGGAAGUGUGAAGACUGAAGACCUGGAGAUGGUAUGUAGAGGACAUGACAGACAUUUGUGGAAAGACUAAAGAAGACCUGGAAAUAGUGUGUGGAGGAGGACAUGACAAGGAGACCAGUGGAAAGACCAAACAAAGAGCUGGAGGUGAUGUGGAGGAAGAUAUGGCAAGGAGACCAGUGGGAAGACUAAAGAAGACCUGGAGGUGGUGUGUGGAAGAAAACCUGAGAAGACCAGUGUGAAGACUAAUGAAAACCUGGAGACAUGAGAAUGAUAAACAUCAGAGAAGAUAUUGUAAUUGGUCACAAAAUCUGGGAGAGACUGAAACCAUCCAACCACAUCAGGGAUAAAAUAAGGACAUUACAUAAAAAGAUGAUAAUAUUGCUCAAAGUUAACCUAUGGAAGAAGAAGGAAUGUAAUAAGCAAGGAUGAAAUGCAAGGAAAGGAGUAAAGUGUAGAUAUAUCAUGGUCCAUAGUAGCAAGAUUCAGUAAGUAAACCUUAUCUACUCCCAUCAAUCAGUCAGCACAGGGAGACAGGGAAGAGUGUCACCAUAUGAUCCCAGCAUCUUGAAUCAAACCAGAGGCCACAAGGACAUCUGGACAAUACUGGAUUGCAAGCAAAGGUGAAGGAUCUGCAACCAGAAAUGCCAGUCACCUCACCAUGAAAGCACUGUUACUUGUUGGCCACACGUGUUUGGGUCAGGCUGUGUGUGUGUGUGUGUGUGUUUGUGUGUGUGUGUGAGAGAGAGAGAGAUAAGGGUCAGGCUGUGUGUGUAGGGAGCAAGAGAGAAAGUUGGGGGUGUGUGAGAGAGAGAGUGAGAGAUAAGGGUUCAGACUGUGUGUGUGAGAGAGAAAGGGAGAGAAAGUUUAGGAGUUUUUACUUACGUUUUAGUGGUUUUGUUAUGCAUAUCCAAAUCAGAUGGGUAAAUAAAUAAAUAUUUUGACUGUUA